AUGAACCCUCUGGUGCCAGUCUCUCCUAUGAGAGAGUAUCUGCAGCAUCGACACCCGUCUGUUGAUCACUGUUCCCAGCAGUUACUCUACUCGCAGCCUCCUGUGCAUCCACUGUCCUCCCAUCUCCAGUAUUAUCCAUGGCUGUUUGAUCCACUGCAACCAUCCAUGCGUGUACCACUGCCAGAUGGUCAGUACGGUCUUGGUCUCAUAUCCUGUAACCACAGUCAGGACAGUCAGGACAGUGCAAACUCUUGUGGCUACAAGAGUUUGUUUGGUUGUUCAACCGAUACAGAUUGUCUUGUGUCAAACUCUCUUCAUAAUGAUGUGAAUGUAAUGCUCAACUCGUUACUAGACACUACUGAUCCCAUCUCACCCGGUCCUUUGGACUUUAGUGGUAUCGAGUUUCCAACUCCAUUGCCCAUCACUGAUUCUAUCCCUGAUUCCAUCACUGAUUCUAUCCCUUCUACUGUUCAUACAAUGAGUGAUACUUUACUACACAACUACAGACCUGCUUGCAUCUGGCCUUGUUCGACCCCUAUCGUCUCAAUACAGCCACCUUUCAAGUCGUUGGAGAUUCAGGAUUAUCCUAUUCAACCCCCUACACUGGGUAAUGCAUUGAUGGACUCUUACCAAGUCUUUGAUGAUCAUUUGUAUUCAUCACUUCCUACUAUGCAUUGCUCUACACCUCAUCAUGACUACACUUGCAUUGAAUCUGCUCACAAUACCACUUUGAAUUCUACUUUGACUACGACUGACAGAUUCAAUACAUUCUCAACUUCUCAUUUUCAUCCAUUCAACUCUUCCUUGUCUAACAAGACUACCAACUCCUCAUCGCCAAUUACUGCUUCUAUUUGUUUGACUGAAUCCAUCUCAAAUGAUCCAUCUACUACGUCUGCAUCACUCUAUCCCAUCUCCACUCUCUCUUUUGUUGACUCGACUCCAUCUACCUGCGAAUCAUCAAUAGAUUUGAUUCCCAUGAAACCAGAGAUCCUUCCUACAAUCAGAAUUCUAUCUCUUAGCACUUGUUCUCAAAAAGCAAAACGCGCUAGUACAAUCAUACGACGCUCUACUGUCAAACAGCAUCUACAACAGUCUGUCACAAGUCCUGCAACAUCCAUUGCUACAACUGAAAAUGAAUUUACUCUUUCAGAGUCUAAAAGUGAUGACGACAUUCUUGUAUGCAAAGUUUCUGGUUGUCGUAAAUUGUUUGAUACAAGUCACAAUCUACGAGUACAUGCUCGCUGUCAUCUUCCUCUUGUCCAGCAUCUGUGUCCUACCUGUGAUUACGGAUUUCGUCGUUUGACUGAUCUUCAUCGCCAUAUUCGCACAAUGCAUACUCCAGAAAACUUGCGUCCUUGGCAGUGUUCUUACUGUAACCGUCGAUUUGGUCGAUCUGAUGCACUACGUCGUCACUUGCUAUCCCGCGAACGAUCGCUCACUUGUCCGCCCGUAUCGCGUAAAAAGAGUAUUCAAACUACUGCUCGAAACUCUUCCAUGGCAGUCUCUUCAUUUCCUAUAAAACAAAUAUCUUGAUCUUUAUCUGUCGAUUGCAUUCUUAUACAUACACUUACAGCUUGAAUGGUAACACCAAAUGCUACCCAUUUGUUUUUUUACAACCUCGUUUUUGAUUCUGGUCAUUCAUGACCCGUACACUCGCGAAAUAGCUGCUGGUCAGCUAUUGCUCUAACCAACCUCAUGUUUCUUAUCUCUUCAGUUUAUAUGCCUCAUGCAUACCUUUAUACCAAGGCAAGCUUUUCAAUCACCUGUUGAUGAGUGUCUCUUGUUUUUGUGCGUCUACUCAAUCUCUUGUCGUUUGUGACAAAGGGUUGACAUUCCCAAUCUGCUUGUACUCAGUCUAGAAUGGUUACUGUGUUCAAUUUAAACCUUUUAGGAUUGGAUAGCACCAGAUAUUCUCCAUGACUGUUUUGGUGAUUGUCUCUCGGGAAUGUAAUCAUUAGUCCACUUUUUCUCAUUGAAUAAUAGUGUUGAAAUAAAAAGUAAACACAUGGAUGGU